GAUGCUGCCGUUCGGGUGGAGACCGUUCAGCACCGCGGCCAAGGACAAGGCCCCGCCCGGGUCCAUAACCAUUGUCCCCAGCUUCCAGAUUUCUAAACAACCUCUCUCUCUUUCUCUGUCUCUGCACCUCCCCUUCACACACCCCACUUUCUUCUUUAAAGAGAAGGAAAAAAAUCCACCUGGCGCACCUGUCCUUUUUUCUUCUGUUUUUCAGAACCCUGGGCGGAAAGCGCGAGCGAGUUGGGCAGAUGCCGGCGGCCGCGGUGCAGGAAGCGGUCGGCGUGUGCUCCUACGGGAUGCAGCUCAGCUGGGACAUCAACGAUCCGCAGAUGCCUCAGGAGCUGGCCCUCUUUGACCAAUUCCGAGAGUGGCCUGACGGCUACGUGCGCUUCAUCUACAGCAGCGAUGAGAAGAAGGCACAGCGUCACCUGAGCGGCUGGGCCAUGCGCAACACCAACAACCACAAUGGCCACAUCCUCAAGAAGUCGUGCCUGGGUGUGGUGGUGUGUACACAGGCCUGCACCCUGCCCGACGGUUCCCGCCUGCAGCUGAGGCCGGCCAUCUGCGACAAGGCACGGCUGAAACAGCAGAAGAAGGCAUGCCCUAACUGUCAUUCUGCUUUGGAGUUGAUUCCUUGUCGAGGGCACAGCGGAUACCCCGUAACCAACUUUUGGCGGCUUGAUGGCAACGCGAUCUUUUUUCAGGCCAAGGGAGUUCAUGAUCAUCCAAGACCAGAGAGCAAAUCAGAGACAGAAGCUAGAAGAAGCGCCAUCAAGAGACAAAUGGCCUCUUUCUACCAACCCCAGAAAAAGAGAAUUCGAGAAUCCGAGGCAGAAGAAAAUCAAGACAGCAGUGGUCAUUUCAGCAACAUACCUCCCUUGGAAAAUCCAGAAGACUUUGAUAUAGUUACUGAAACCAGCUUCCCUAUUCCAGGGCAGCCUUGCCCUUCCUUCCCAAAGUCUGAUGUUUACAAAGCUACCUGUGACCUAGCCACCUUUCAAGGAGACAAAAUGCCACCCUUUCAGAAAUACCCAAGCCCAAGAAUCUAUUUGCCUAGGCCACCUUGCAGCUAUGAAUUGGCAAACCCUGGUUAUACAAAUUCAAGCCCAUAUCCCACCCUUUAUAAGGAUUCCACCAGUAUCCCUAAUGACACAGACUGGGUUCAUCUGAACACACUACAAUAUAAUGUCAAUUCAUACAGCAGCUAUGAGAGAAGCUUUGAUUUCACCAACAAACAGCAUGGCUGGAAAACAGCUCUUGGAAAACCCAGCCUUGUGGAGAGGACUAACCAUGGGCAGUUUCAGGCCAUGGCCACUUGCCCUUAUUAUAACCCAGAGCUUCCCUGCAGGUACCUCACGACUCCACCACCAGGUGCCCCUGCCCUACAAACCGUGAUCACCACCACCACUAAAGUGUCCUACCAGGCCUACCAGCCCCCUGCUAUGAAAUACAGUGACAGUGUGCGGGAGGUGAAGAGCCUUUCGAGCUGUAACUAUGCUCCUGAAGAUACUGGGAUGUCUGUCUAUCCAGAACCCUGGGGUCCUCCGGUGACAGUCACCAGGGCAGCCUCUCCUUCAGGGCCACUUCCUAUGAAAAUUGCAGGAGAUUGCCUGGCCAUCAGACCCACUGUGGCUAUUCCCCACGAGCCAGUUUCCUCUAGGACAGAUGAAGCAGAGACUUGGGAUGUGUGUCUGUCUGGGCUGGGCUCUGCAGUCAGUUACUCAGACAGAGUGGGUCCCUUCUUUACCUACAACAAUGAGGAUUUUUGAAAGACAGUCCAGGGGACAUAAUAGCAGUGUGCAUGCAGGCAGGAGGCAGGGAAAUGUGAAAUGGCAAUGAUCUCUUAUUGAGUUGGGAGAUUCACCUUGUGUGCAAAGAAACACAGAUAGUAGUAAAAAUGCUGAGUAACUGAGAAAAUAAUCAGUUGGAAAUGAUUAGAUAAUAUGGGAAAUUUCACACAGCAUUUUGAAACUGGCUACAAUACAUAGAAGUAGUGAGGAAAGUGUGAGUCUCUCAAAUGAACAAAUAAGCAAACUGAAGGAGGUUAAAUACUGACCUAAGUUCACUUAGCUUAUUAGCAGGAGUAGAAGUCAAGGAUUCUGGUUCUUAUUCUAGGACUUUUCCCAUUAGAGCACCUUAGGGAAUUUCACAUCCCUAGAGGCUGCCAAAAUAGCUUCAGGAAGAAAUUUUUACAAUCUUAUCGCCUGAGUCAUUUCAUGAAAUUUUUGUUUAGCAUUUAGAACCUGUUAAACUAGCUUCAGGAAGUAAUUUUGAUUGUUUUAUCUCCAACGUAUGUAUCUACAGCUUUUCAAAAAAUCUCUAGCAAUGGUAAAGUUCAGUUGUUUUUAAAAGAUUCAAUAUUAGCUUUUCAUAACAUGAUAGUCUCCUAACCUUUUCAUAACCUUUUCAUAACAUGAUAGUUUCCAUAACAGAGACAGCCUAACAAUGAUGAGUUGUAUUUAAUGGAUUAUCAUUGUACUAAAUACAUUUUUUUUCUGAUUAGGUUUCAGAAUUAGAAUUAAAAUGUUUUGCUGAAAUACAGCUUUACAGUUCCUCUGUUAUUCUUCAUAAAGGUAAUUGAUAAUGUUCAAUUAAAUGUAAAAAGGACAUUUUAAAGUAAGGAAGCUAAUUCUUGCCUUACUUCAAAACAGAAAUAGGAAAAAAAUUGUUCGUAUUAUGACCUGGGAAACAGUUGUUAUGAAACAUUAAGACUUAUUAAAUUGGCUGAGAGAGGUGGCUCACGCCUGUAAUCCCAACACUUUGGGAGACCAAGGCAGGAGGAUUGCUUGAGCCCAGGAGUUUGAGACCAGCCUGGGCAACAGGGGGAGCCCUCAUCUCUGGGCAACAGACAGAGACCCCAGGGCAUGGCAGUGGGCCUGUGGUUCUAGCUACUUGGGAAGCUGAGGUGGGAGGAUCAUUUGAACCCACGAGGUCAAGGCUGCAGUCAGCCAUCUUUGUGCUACUGCACUCCAGCUUGGGCAACAGAGCAAGACCCUGUCUCAAAAAAAACAAAACAAAACAAAACAAAAAAAACAAGUAUUAAAUAGUUUGACUGUUUUGUAGUUUAUUUGCAAAAUACCUGUUGUUGUACUCUGUCAUAACAGAAAGCCUUUUCAAAACAUUUGGAGUGUUCACACACACACUUUAGUGAAAAUAUUCUGUUUUCAAAUAAAGAUAAACUACACGAGCAAUAUAUUUUGGUGGGGGUGCCUAGAAGUAUCAUCCUCAAAUUUGCAUAGAAUAAUCAAUUUGUAUAGCUAAAUUGUAGUCAGUCAGAUGCCAUUUUAAAUCAUUGAGCAUUCUAUAUCAUCCAACUAAUUCAUAAAAGCCUAAUACUCCAACAUCAUAAAUGCAUGCAGUACUUAACAAAAGAUUGAGUAGGUAUGAGUACACCCCUCUGAGUUUCUAACCAACCAAUUUUUUUCAAAGGGAAAGAUGCUUAGUACACUCAUUGGUUACUUUUUCCUUUGAACUUCCAUUGCCAAAACUCACAAGCUAUAAUAAUAUCUAACAUUUAUAUAGCACUUACUGGCCAAACAUGGUGGCUCACACCUGUAAUCCUAGCACUUUGGGAAGCUGAGGCAGGUGGAUCGCUUGAGCCCAGGAAUUAGAGACCAGCUUGGGCAACAUGGCAAAACCCCAUCUCUACCAAAAAAA